AUGGCUGACACUAUAAAGCUGCCAGUCAGGAAGAAGGACGUGUCGGAGGUGGUGGGCGGGGACUGUGUGUCGGCCAGGAGCGGGCAGAACCGGACGGUGAGCCAGCCAGGGGAGCACUUCACCACCCCUUGUGACCGAACUGCGCAGGGCCUCUGUAUCCAGGGAAACCAUCACCAUGACAACACAAGGUGCCCUGGCUUUCAGGAUGCUCUGGCGUCUGCGGGUAUCGGCAGCGAUGGCGGGCACUGCUUCAGCGGCACCCCCCGCCAGCCACCGCACAUCAAGCAGGAGAGCCCGGUGAGGUACAAAAUCCCGUCCGGGGUGCCGUCCGCCCCCGAGCCUCUCUCGGGCAGGGCCGGCGCGGGUUCGAGCGCAGGGCUGGCGAGCCUCCCCCCACCCGAGAUCGAGCUGACCCACGGCGGCUUCGCCAGCGCGCUGUCGUCCUACCCGUUCGGGAACGAGGGCGGGCCCGUCCCAGCGCUGCUGUCCCCCGCCGACCCCCGCCACUCCGCCCGGCUGCUCCACACGGGCAGCCUGAAGAGGCGCUGCGUCUCCAUGGCCCCCGCCGCCAGCACCGCCGCCGACGGCAUCGACAUCACCGCCAUCAUCUGCUCCUCCCAGAUGUCCGUGGUGGCCUGCGUCAACGCCGGCGCCCCCUUCCUGCGGACGCCGGGAGUGCAGCGGAGGCUCCCCCCACACAGCCCCCAGGCGCCCGAGGAGGGCUGCGGCCUGCCCUCGCCGGCCGCCUCCGAGCCCGGGGAGCCCGACCGCGCCCACUGCGAGAGGCCCCUUCCCAUGCAGGAGGCGCCGCGGCCCCUCCCCCCGCCGGGCCCCGACCCGGCCGACGGCUUCAGCGUGGUGGUGAACGGCGUGCUGCAGCAGGGCCUCCUGGAGGGCUGCCAGAGGGGGGGCGCCCUCAAACAGGAGCCCCUGGACGAGCUGUCGCACAGCGAGGAGGAGCUCUUCCACCACCCCCGCCACAGCCACCGACACCAUCCCCUCCACACCGGCCUGCCCCCGCCCUACCACCUCCACCAGUACAUCAGCCCCUCCCCAGGGGCCCUGCUGCACCUGCAGGGCCAGCCCCCCGCCUCAGCCCUGCCCCACAAGCCCUCAGGCCUGGCCGCCGCCCCCGAUAGUGAGGAGGCCGGCGAUCAGCAGACCUGCCGCUGGAUUGACUGCAGCGCCACCUACGAGCAGCAGGAGGAGCUGGUGAGGCACAUCGAGAAGGUGCACAUCGACCAGCGUAAGGGCGAGGACUUCACCUGCUUCUGGGCCGGGUGCGUCCGCCGCUACAAGCCUUUCAACGCCCGCUACAAGCUGCUCAUCCACAUGAGAGUCCACUCCGGAGAGAAGCCCAACAAAUGCAUGUUUGAGGGCUGCAACAAGGCCUUCUCGCGGCUGGAGAACCUGAAGAUUCACCUGCGCAGCCACACUGGGGAGAAGCCCUACCUCUGCCAGCACCCCGGCUGCCAGAAGGCCUUCAGCAACUCCAGCGACCGGGCCAAGCACCAGCGCACACACCUGGACACGAAACCAUACGCGUGUCAGAUCCCCGGCUGCACCAAACGCUACACGGACCCCAGCUCCCUGCGCAAGCACGUCAAGGCCCACUCCGCCAAAGAGCAGCAGGUCCACAAGAAGGUGCAGUCCUGCCCCCACCUGGAGCCGGACGUCCUGAGUGAGUGUCUGGCGAUGCAGCACCUCCAUGGCUCCGCCCCCUCUCAGCACCUGCACAACGGGAAAGCCGCCAGGUCUCCUGGACUGGGCCAUGACAUCUUCACAGGGAUGUACGCUGGCUCCGGCGGCCCCCACAGCAGAGCCACAUCUGGCCUCCUUCCUUCCGCCCCCGACCUGUCUGUCAGGCCUCUGGGCCUGGAGGGGAGCGUGAGCAGCCCCCACAAUCAUCUGUCACCCCCGUCCACCGUGGACAGCAGCCGGGAGGGGUUGGCUGGCCCCCUCCUGUCCUCCAGGAUCAGUCCAGGUGCCCCCCCGCCUCCGCUGGACAAGCACAGCUCCACUACUGACCAGCAGCACAAACCCUACACCCACUUCCACGACCCACCUGCACAUGAAGGCUACCAGGGUAGCUUUCAGAGCUGCUUCCAUUACAGAGAUAGUUACAGAAUGGAGCCGGGGGUCAGCGAUGUCCACAUACCCCAGGACUCUCACUGCUUUAACCAGCACCGGCCCAACGGGUACGCUGUGACCUCCUCCGCCGGCUCCACUGAAGGGUUCGGCAUGGUCCAGGACAUCCAUGUUGGGGCAGGGCAGGAGUUCUCCCCCAGCCCAGAGGAGAGCGUCUUCUUCCAGGUGGGCGGGUUUGACCGCUGCCUGAGUCAGAUCUCCUCUGUGUACACGGAAACAUGAGGCCCCGGGUUCGACACACCCAUGCCCCGCCUCUCGCUCCUGCAAGCCCAACAGUGUUACCUUUCUUCCUUCCUCCUUACCGUUUCAAAACCAUGCCUGUCUCUCUCCGCUGUUUCCGCAACAACUACACGUAUACACGCUGAAAAUAUAUCAUUUGGCUUUAUUGUUUUCUUGUUGAAAAGAGAUAUUUUGCUCACUAUUGCAGGUGCUGAAGCAGUUUUUUUUUUUUUUUUUCUUUUCUGUUGCAUGCCGGUUUUUGUUUUUUGCACAGCUGUGGUUGGGGGAGAGUGAGGUUAAAGUCAGACAGCAAUCCAGAAACAUUCAAAUCAAUUUC